AUUACCGACUCACUAGUGACCAGCAGAAUGAUUAGUUCACACUAUUAAAAUUCGGAUAAAUUCGUCAUCCUUAAUUCUCCUCUCUAAUCAUCCGACCAACACCAAAACCCAGAUCAGGCGAGAUACUCAAAAUCCAACUGAGAAAUCAAGUCCACGACACUUAUCAUGCACAACCAUAAGUCGCGCAUGAUCAGCAUAUAUCGUAUCCUUUAUAUGUAGAUAUUAUUUCGUCACUGCUGCCGACUCCACCGCCACCUCACAGUCCUCUAUAAAACGGCCACCCACUUUGUACGGACACAUUCUGCGCCAAAUUCUGAUUGCCAAAAAAAACACAAAAAAUCUCUGCAGAGAACCAAAAAAUGGCGUACAAGCAUGAGGAACUUCCUCCACCGUUGGAUUCCACUUCCUCCCCCCCCCCUCUCUUUGACGGCACUACAAGGCUGUACGUAAAUUACACAAGUCCAUUUGCACAGCGGGUUUGGAUCACUAGGAACUACAAGGGUUUGCAAGGCAAGAUUAAGUUAGUGGGUAUAGAUCUUGAAAACAGGCCUGCUUGGUACAAGGAAAAAGUCUACCCCGGAAACAAGGUGCCAUCUCUGGAGCACAAUGGAAAAGUCAUUGGAGAAAGUCUUGAUCUGAUCAAAUACCUCGAAAGCAACUUCGAAGGGCCUUCACUUGUCCCCAAUGACGACCCUGGGAGAAAAAAGUUUGGCGAAGAAUUAUUAACUUAUGUUGUUACCUUCGUGGGGUCCUUGUAUCGCUCAUUGAAAGGAGACACGGUAAAAGCAGCUGAUGAGCAGUUUGAUUACUUGGAAAAUGCUCUUAAGAAAUUUGACGAUGGACCAUAUCUUCUGGGUCAGUUCAGUUUGGUGGACAUAGCCUAUAUCCCGUUCGUUGAGCAGUUCCAAGUCUUCUUAUCAGACGUGUUCAAGUAUGACAUCACAGCUGGGAGGCCUAAACUAGCAGCAUUCUUGGAGGAGGAAUGACUUUGGCAUUUGGUCAAUUGGAGAUGCAGAGUUUGGCUGCAAAAUGCGUGGCGUUGAAGAAGGAUAGUAAGGGACUAUGCUGCAGUCACUGAGCUCGCAGAUUGGAGAAUGGUUUCUGAAACAGCGUGUCUGCUGCAAUGUUGUUGUCGAUGUUGUUGAAGUGUUGGUGUUCGACGGCUGCAGUUGUAGUGUACUGCUUUUGGUGGAUUUUCCGUUGGUCAUCGUUGCACCGGAGGUGUUUGUGGGCUGUUGUCGACGAGUUGAGUGGAAAGGAGAAAAAGUAGAAGCAGUUGAAAAUUGAAAAGAAAAUGUUGGUUCUUUUUCUUUCGGCAUUUGUUUUGGCAGAAGGACAUCAAGAUGACAAAUGAUGUUGUUGGCUGAAAGAAAAGGGAAAAAGGCUAAGGCUAAGUUUUCUUCUCUUUGGCAUUUUUUCAACGGUAGAGAAGUUUUUCUUCACUCCCACUAGUUGCCUUUGGAGCAAGUUGAUGGAAACUUUGGAGGAGUUUGUGAGGGCCAAUUUGUUGAGUUCUGCAAAGGUUUGGAUAGUGAGACAUCACACUAUUUUGGAUACACCACAUGCACUGCAGAACAUUUGUGUGGAACCCUCUUGUAGAAGGCAAGUUAUAUGCUUUCUAACUUUGUUUGGUUUAUGGACAUUUGGUUGGAUUUGUUUGCCACUGCUAUUUGGUUUGUUGGUCUCCAUCAUCUGCAAUUAGUUUUCUUGAAGACUCCAGUUGAGGUAUGGUUUUGGAUCUCCUACUGAUUAUUUGAAUUUGAAAUUUUUGGUUGUCAUGUUGGUGCUCAUGUGAUGAUGGUAAACUUGAGUGAAGGGCAUAAUAUUGAUAUUCAUAGGAUCUGAAUUUGGGUGAAAGGUUUUGUAUGUGGUAUGUUAGACCUUGUUGCCAAAUUUGUAAUCAGUUUUGACUUGGAGAAUAUGCCAUGCUAUGUGAAUGAGUCUAUUGGUGCAGUUUUAGACCAUGGUGUUUGUGAGCAGGUGGAGUUCGUUGUAUGUCCAACUUUGGUAUGGUGUGCUUGAUCUUUUGUCGGUGAUAUUGAAGAAUUUCAGUUCUUCGUUU